AUGUAAUACUCAAACACUUACGAGUCAGUUGUUAAGACUUAGGUAGUUAGUGGAUAGGAUCAAAAACCACUAAAUUUAGGAUUGACUGAUGUUGAAGGAGCCAAGGCUGUUGCAAGAAGACUGUUUGAUACUUACGAUAGAGAUAGGAAUGGAUAAAUUGAUAAUGUUGAAGUAGUUCCAAUGAUUGUGGAUGUCUAUAAAUCAUUUAAUCGAAUUUUCUCACCAGCCAGAGGAGAUAUUGACUCUUUUUAUAAAGUGUUAGAUAGAAAUCAAGAUGGAAAGAUAACCUAUUAAGAUCUUGAAGAUUUAUGCAUCAGAUAUCUAACUAACUAAACACCAACAAAUAUUAGAGCAUCUGAGGGUCCUCGUUAAAGUGGUAUCCAAUAGACAUCACAAACAGUCACUUCACAAUACAGAAGAACCUAAUUUUGA